CGAAACCCGCCCCGCCUCAGAAGCGCACUUUGUCGCGCACUGCGCUGAACUACUCUGUGCACAUUCCGCGCCGUUUCGCCUCCAAAUCCGCCUUCACUCACUUGUUGUGCGUGUGUUCCCAUACGAUGUUGGAUUAACUCCUUGGAAUUUAGGAGGACUAUUGAGAGAACAUGGUCGACCUGCGGCACGUCAAUUGACUGCACGUUUCUGCUUCAGGGUUGAGCUCGGCUCUCCGCGGAGCGGUGGUGUUUGCACCGCAACCUUCCGGCUGUGAGGCAGAUAGAGAAGAGGACACCCGCGGACCAUGGAUUUCGGCAAUGACGUGGACCUGUCCAACAACAACAUUAUGCCCCUGUGGAAGCGACGUACGGACAACCACAGAAGCCCGCCGGACUCGAGGAAACCGCGGCCGUGUAGUUACCACGCCAACGGGGUCAUGAUGACGGACUUCCCAGCCGAGGAUAAGUGCGCUUUCACAUUGAGCCAGCCGGCAGAGAAACUUGUGGUUACAUCUCAGUGUGUGGGCAAGAACACGGCGGUGCUGAAGCAUGUUUUACACAAACCUUCCAAAAAGUCCAGAGUUGUUCGGAGUAUUAGUAUCGGGCACAUCUCCAAUGGACGCUUCUCUUUGUCUAAGUUCAAGUCAGAUGGCGGUAGAACGACUUCGUUGGACCACAAAGUGAGUAACGGAGUGUACAACACAGCAAAUCGUAGCAAUGGACCAACAAUCUGGCCCGACAAGUGCGGUCGCUCUCCUCAAGCCCUCAUUUCCAGUGUGUUUAGCCUGAACUUGCCGAAAGAGAAGACCCCGUCCUAUCAUAACAUACCCUCACCUGAAACGGUUCGACACGCCUCGAACAAUAACCACCUUGAACGGUCCUCAUCACCGUCCAGCCCGCAUCCUCCCGCUAGACGGACUCCCUCUCACAGUUCCACUUCGAGCAUCCCCUCCCUCUCCUCCCUCACCUCGUCGGACCCCCCGACACCACGCUCCUCCUCGCCGACCGACAGUCGGCCGCCCCUCCACAGACACUCUCCGCCUUCGCCCGCAAUCUCCCAAGACGGCGGGCAGGCUUCUUCUUCGUCGCCCCCCACUUCGAUUUCCCCGUGCGUGUCACCCGUUCCCUCGAUCGUACUCAGCACAAACAGCCCCGCCGCCCUGAAGAUGGGCACCCAGCAGCUCAUCCCGAAGGGCUUAGCCUCAGGUAGUCGGCAGAGCAAGGCACCCGCAUCCAGCCCGCAGGGCCAAGGGUUGGCAGGGCUGCUGGGUUUGGAUGCUCCCAAGCGGGCUUUAAAAACACUCAGCAUGGUGGAAACGGGGGCCUACUUUUCCACGGGAACGGGGCACGGCGAAGGGACCGAUGGGGAAAAUGAAAGCCCCGGGAACCUCAGGAGGGGGCUGAGGAGUACAUCCUACCGGAAGGCUGUUGUCACCGGAGUCGAUAUGGAGGCCCAGGCACUUUCCCAGCCCGCCGUGAAGGGAUUAGAUAGCGAUAAUAAAACUCCCCCAGUCAACCCCGGCAGUCCUCGCAUUGUAAAGCCCACCAGCCCAGGGGCACCCAAGCCUGACAGCCCGACAACUCCUACUGGCAUGAAAAAGAGCAAGACUCCUGACAAGAAGAACAUUCUGACCCCUCAACGCACCUUUGACAGCGAAGAGGAGGAACUGUACCAGAACUAUCAGGAAAAGGCGUUACAUAACGAUUCGGAUGAGGAUGCUGAUUCCAGAGAAGCUCCAUCCGAUAACGGCAUCGUGCUGCAAUACAGACCGAUCCGGACUUCCUGGAGCCAACUUACUGUGGUCAAGAAAAGUGGUCUGUUUGAUCGGAUGAGUCAGGAGGAGCGCAAAAGACAAGAGGCAAUCUUUGAGGUGAUCUCCUCCGAGCACUCGUACCUCCACAGUCUGGAGAUCCUCAUCCGCAUGUUCAAGAACUCGCCGGAGCUCAGCGAGGCCAUGACUAAGACGGAACACCACCACCUCUUUUCCAACAUCACAGAUGUCCGCGAAGCCAGCAAAAAGUUCUUUAAACAGUUGGAGGAGAAACACCAGCACAUCGCGAUCGACAGCAUCAGCGACGUCGUUUGCAAGCACGCCGAAUCCAACUUUGAUCCUUACGUGACGUAUUGCUCCAACGAGGUCUACCAGCAGAGAACCCUGCAAAGGCUGUUAUCCAAGAAUCCGGUUUUUAAGGAGGUGCUGAGCAGGAUCGAGGGCCACCCUGACUGCAGGAACCUCCCCAUGAUCUCCUUCCUCAUCUUGCCCAUGCAGAGGGUCACGCGCCUGCCCUUGCUCAUGGACACAAUUUGCCAGAAGACUCCAAAAGACUUGGUGCAGUAUGAAGAAUGUAAGAAGGCUUUACAUGCCGUCAGCAAGGUGGUGAGGAAAUGCAACGAGGGUGCGCGCACCAUGGAGAGAACCGAGAUGAUGUACACCAUUAACUCCCAGCUAGACUUUUUUAAGAUUAAGCCGUUCCCGCUGGUUUCGUCAUCCCGGUGGAUGGUGAAAAGAGGCGAGCUAACGGCCUUUGUGGAGGACAACGGCAUCUUCCUCAAGCGGACAUCGAGGCAACAGGUCUACUUCUUCCUCUUCAACGAUGUCCUCAUCGUCACCCGGAAAAAGAGCGAGGAGAGCUACUUUGUGAUCGACUACGCCCUGAGGGACGAGAUCUGGGUUGGCCCCUGCCAGCCAGAGGAGAUCAACCUGUCGCCAGUCCGCGGCACCCCCGCUGUGCUCAGCUCACGGCAGGCCGGCGCCAACCACCUCUUCCGACUGAGUUUCUUGAGCAACCACUGCGGCGAAAAAGUGGCCAUGAUUUUGGGGACGGAGUUACUGAAUGAGCGUGCUCGGUGGAUCAGCGCGUUGGGGCACAAUGUUAACAAAGACAAGAGUCAGGACAGGGCCAACGCCAUGCAGGUGGAGGUGAUCAGAACGUAUACCGCCAAACAGCCGGAUGAGUUGUCCCUGCAGGUGGCUGACGUGGUGCUCGUCUCACAGAGGGUAGAAGAUGGCUGGUACGAGGGCGAGCGUGUACGUGACGGCGAGCGCGGCUGGUUCCUGGCAGAGUGCGCCCAGCCCAUCACGUGUCAGGCCACCAUUGAGCGCAACAUGCAGAGGAUGGACCGCCUGCAGGGCCUGGAGACCAAUGUGUGACAUGGACACUGAUGUCUUCAGGGGCCGAAGGGACUUAAGCCUGAGCCGUUGUCCACAUUUGUUGGUGACCAUGAAUAACAGGGAGAACAUCAAGAUGGCGGACAUCUUAUGAAAAACUCAUAGGUCCUUGAGUAGGUGCUAUCAACUUGAUGGCUUCAAGAUCUCUUAAAAAAACAAAACAAAACAAACUUAAGUUAUUGGGACACCAGGUAAUUGCACCAACAUUGAAGACACAACCCUGUAAAGCAACCCUAAAAUGGCCGCUUCAAAGCAAAAUGGCUGUCCUGCUGUCUCUUCUUGGGUUCUUGAGACUGUGGGUCUACAAUAAACAUACCGACCUAUUUCUAUGUUGCUCAGUGAAACAAGCCUUUUAGGUAGAAUGAUUUCCUCAAGAGGGCGCUACUGAGCCAAUUUUGGAGAUGGGGUGCUCAUGCCCAGAACUCCUACACAACUUGAAAUUUGUGACCAUAUUUCUUUAAUAGUGGCCCCCUCUCUAAUGGAGUUCCUGGGUGAGUCAGAAAAAAACAAAACCCUCUCUCAAAUAUUCAUCCAUCCAUUUUCUGUAGCGCUUGCCCUCAUUAAGGUCACAGGUGACCUGGAGCCAAUCGCAGCCUGCCUCAAAUAUGCACCUCCUAACUAUGCACAACAGACCCAGGUAAUAAUUGAAGUACAUUUUAAUGGUAGUGACUGAAUUGACCUCUGUUAAUACAACCGCUGCUGCUCAAGUUUAAAUUCUGUUGCUUCGCAAAACAGCAACAAUGACUGAGGCAUAUGCUAGAUGUGUUGAACACUACUUUUGUCUAAAUGAAGUUCCUCAACUUCAUCAGAGUUCCUUGACACCAAGUCGCUACAAGAUGGUGGCAAAACACUACUUUUGUCAAAACGGAGUUCCUCAAUUUACAUCAUCGCAGUUCCUUGGCACCAAGAUGCUGUUGAGUCUUUCAGCUAAUGACGAUCGUUCAAUAGAAAAAUUAGCAAAAAAUAUGAAUUUGCGAACAGAAAAUAUGUGGGCGUUCAACAUAUAAUGUCUUAAGCCAAAAAAGCCUCCCAUAUCUGCAGUUAAGUAAAUAAUUGAUUCGAAGGUGUGUUCUAUGACGCAUGAACUUGUGUGAGGUUGUUCACUCGCGACUGGAGGCGCUAACAUGACCAUCUGCCACAGCCAUGGGGAGGGUCUGGCAAAGUCCUUUGCACCCACUCCCCUGAGAUCUAUACUUGCGAGCAUGAAUUACAGUAACAUGUAAAUUUGUUUCCUACUAUGUGUAAAUAUGUAAAGAAGUCUCAAUUUGUUGUUUUCGCGAUACAAUACAAUGUAGAUACUUGCCUAUUCGCCGUCAAAAUUUCAGAACCACUUUUGACAAAGUAUCUCUAAACUUGUGACUUCUACUGUAAAUGCUGUUAAAGAAAUUUUUGUUACGGCUCCUGGUACUGGGUGUUUUAGCUGGUACAGGUGUACCUAAUGAAGUGUCUGGUGAUUUUACGCAUGUCACGUCAAGCGUAUACAAUAAAAGCUACAUUUUUGACUCAA